CUAGAGGCAAGAUGAUGAAGACCUGGGGUAUUCCAUAAUUCCCAAACACCUUAAGCAUGUUUCAUUGGAAGACCAACCUGGAAGCCCUUUGGAGGAUUUCCCACCUCACCCCCUUAACCAAGAAGCACCUGAAGAAGGUCUAUGCCAGCCUUUCCCUCUGCAUGCUUGUGACAGCCACAGGAUCCCACCUGAAUGUAGUUUCACAUUUCUUUCAGGCUGGCUUUCUCUCCACAUUGAGUUUGUUGGGAAUGUUAUUUUCCCUGUUGAUCACACCCCACAGAGAGGACACUGAGCCAAAGAGACUGCUUCUGCUGGCCGGAUUUGCUUUCUUCGUAGGGGUUGAGUUAGGCCCCGAACUGGACUCAUCCAUUGCCAUCAACCCCAACAUUGUCCCCUCUUCCUUCCUGGGCACAACAAUGACCUUUGUCUCUUUUACCUUGAACUCAUUCUAUGGCCAAUGCCUCGGCUGCCUCUGCCUCGGUGGGAUCUUGCUGUCAGCCCUGUGCCUUUUAUUCAUCUCGUACUUGGGGAGUGUCUUCUUUGUAUCUACAUGGCUCUCUCAAGCACACACAUACAUUGGGCUGGCAUUCCUGUGUGGACUGGUGAUUUUCGACACACAACUCAUCAUUGAAAAGGCAGAGAGAAAAGAAGAAGAUUACAUCUGGCAUUGCAUGGAACUUUUUCUGGAUUUUGUUUCCCUGUUCAGGAAAUUCAUGGUGAUCGUUGAAAUGAACGAAAAGGGCAAGCUGAAAAAGGAAAUAAAGCAAUGACUCUCUAG